UCAGUGAGACAGUUAUCAUUGAUAGAUUUCAAUCAGCCACUCCAAGUUAGACAUAUUCCACUAUCAGUAACACAACUAUCAUUGUAUCGUUUCAAUCAACAACUUCAAUUUGGACAUAUUCCACAAUCAGUAACACAUCUCUCAUUGUCAGAUUUCAACAAACCACUUCAAGUGGGACAUAUUCCACAAUCAGUAACACAACUCUCAUUGGAAUAUUUCAACAAACCACUUGAAGUGGGACAUAUUCCUCAAUCAGUGACUCAUCUCUCAUUGGUUCGCUUUGACCAACCACUUCAAGUGGGGCAUAUUCCACAAUCAGUGACACAAUUAUUGUUGGUCGACUUUGAUCGCCCGCUUCAAGUUGAAUAUGUUCCUCAAUCAGUUACCCAAUUAUUUUUGGCCCGUUUCAAUCAACCUCUACAAGUCGGACACAUUCCACAGUCUGUGACACAAUUGUCAUUGGAUGAUUUUGACCAUCCACUUCAAGUUGGACAUAUUCCACAAUCAGUGACAGAAUAUUCGUCAUCAAGUUUCGAUCAACCACUUCAAGCUGGACAUAUUCCACAUUCAGUGACACAACUUACAUUGAGAGAUUUUAACCAACCACUUCAAGUUGGACAUAUUCCACAAUCAGUGACACAACUUUCAUUGACCAUUUUCGACCAACCACUUCAAGUUGGACAUAUUCCACAUUCAGUGACACAACUUUCAUUGAGAGAUUUUAACCAAACACUUCAAGCUGGACAUAUUCCACCGUUAGUGGCACAACUUUCAUUGACAGAAUUCAACCAACCACUUCAAGUUGGACACAUACCACAAUCUGUAAGGCGUUUAGCUUUUGGUUUCUUUGACAAAUAUCUCACAACCGGGUACAUUCCAUUCGUCACAUCACUUACUAUCAAAUAUUGUGGCUUCUCCCCCGAGAAUCUUAAUCUUCAUGGACACACCCAUCUCAAUGAGCUCACUGUUGUCCACAGUCCCGGUAGAAACUCCAGGCAGGCAGCCUCAUCAUUUUUGGAUUUGAAUUCGGAUUAUCUGGCAAAGAUGAAGGGACUAUCACAUCUCAUUAUCCAAAUACGGCCACUGGUCCAACUGAGCGCAAUAAGCGAGGGUUUGCCACCAUCCUUCUUACACUUGCUGAAGUCAAUUCCAACAAUAACUCUACAGUUCAUGAGACUUCAAUUCACCGACUUUGAGACAACAUGGAGGCUUAUCGACGAUCAAACAGCUGUGUUUGUACCUGUAACUGAUGCAAACUGUAAUGGAGUUAUAUCAUUUUGGAACUUCCCAAAAACAACAAACAAU